AUGAAUGACAAAAAUGAAAAUAGUAAAAAAAAAGGUAGUAAAAAAAAGGAUGGAGAUAAUAUAGGUUUAGAAAAAAAAGUAAAAAAACGAAGAAACAGACGUAAAAAUGUGACUAUUAUAUAUAAUAAAGAUCAAUUUAGCAUUGAUGAUAUAAAAUCUAGAUAUUCCAGAUUAAUCGAGGAAAAGGAAUAUUCAAAAGUAUUUUAUGAAAUAACAAAUGUGUUAAUUAAAAAUGAUAAUAUAAAUGAAUCCAAUGAGAAAAUAAAAAAAGAAAAUAAAACAUUUAAAUAUAAGUUUCAAGAAAAUUAUGAAGAAAUGAAAAAUGAUAAUGUUUUAUUGGAAUUUUUUUAUUGUUUAUAUAAAUUAAAAUUGUAUAAAAAAUUAAGUGCUUGUUUAAAAUAUUAUUUAGAAAAUGAAGAUAAAUAUAAUAAUUUUGUAAAUAUACUACUAGCAGAUGUUAGUUAUAAAUUAAGAAAUUUUGAAACUAGCAUUAAUCUAUAUGAACUUUUGAUAAAAAAUGAAGGGGACAAUCAAGUAGAUUCGGCAAGUAUUAAUAUGGACAGUAGUUAUAUUUCCUUUUACUUACAACUAAUGUAUGAAUAUAAUUUUUUAAAGAUUAAAAAAGAAAAAAAGAAAAAAAAUAAGAAUAAAAUAAAUGAUGAAAAAGCUAUCUCGUCUACAGAUCCUAAUUCUCAAGUUGAUAUCCAAAAUUUAAAAGAUAAAAUUACUGAAUUUACCAACAAUUUUAACUCUGAUGAAGUAGAAGAUUUUGAACAGUUAUAUAAUUAUUCUAUUUUUUUUGCAAUUGAAAAAUGCUAUGAUAAUUCAUUAAAAUUUUUAGACUUAUUAGAAGACUUAUGUAAAAAUACCUUAAUAAUGGAUGAAGUAAAUAAUGAUGGGAAUAAUUUUGAUAAUUCUGAAGUAAACAAACUAAUUUUAGAAAAUAAUCAAAUAAGUAAAAAAGGAUCAUCACUUUAUAAUAUCGAGAUGAUAAAAAAAAAUAAAAUACUUAUUCAACUUGGAAAAGCAUACAUAUAUUCAAAAAUGAAUAAAAUAAAAGAAACUGUAGAUAUUUAUGAAAACAUUUUAAACAAUUAUGAAUUAUAUGUUACUAAUUUACCAGUCCUAUUGACAUCUUAUAAUAAUUACAUAGCAGUAAUGAAUAACUAUAAUGAAAAUUUACUUAUAGAUAAGUUAUCUAAAGUAGGAUCGGGUAAAAAAAUAGAAUUUAAUAUAAAACCAGACAAAUUAUUACUUAUUAAAAAUAUAAUAUUUAUGCAUAAAGAUUUAAAUAAAGAAAUUAACAGAUAUCAACGUAGUGUUUUAUAUUAUAAUGAAUGUCUUGAUUUAUUUCAUUAUAAUCAUAAAAAUGAUGAACUUCGAUUAAAAUUACAAAAUUUUUCUACAAAAUUUAAUAAUUCUGUAUUAUUAGAUAAAUUAAAUAUUUUGACAUAUCUUAAAGAGAACAAUUAUUUAAAAUGUAAACAUUAUAUACGAAAAAAUAUAGAUUUAGUUCAAUCACCUGAAAUUAAAAUCAAAUAUAUUAAUGCAUAUGCAUAUAUGUCUUUUGAAAAAAAGGCAUAUAAUGAUGUUGUUGAUAUUUAUCUACAAUAUGAGGAUGUUUUUCAGAAACUUGUACAUCAUUAUAAGAAUUUUUUUUCAAAUUUAUUCUACAUCUAUAUUUGUGUAAAAUUACCAGAAAAAAAAAAUCAAGAAAUUAAUAAAAACCAUGAAAAUAAUGAUCCUUGUGAAUAUAACAUGAAAAAUCUCGAACGUGUAAUUGGCCUUUUCACAAAAUAUAAAGAAGCAAUACAAGAUGAUAUAAAUAUAAUAAAUCCUGAAACUCUGUUUUUAGUUAGCAAAUAUCUUAUAUGCAAUGAACAAACCGAACUGCUACAUGAUUUAUUUGAAUAUCUUUCAACAGAAAUAAAAAAUGAUUUUAAUUUUUAUUCAAUAUAUACAUAUAUAUAUACAUAUAUAAAUAUAGAAAAUGUAUAUAAAUAUGAAGGUUGGCUCAAAAAAGUUAUACUUAGCGAAACAUAUAUGAUCGAUGUCGAAGAACUUGAAAAUAAAUCCAUCAACUUUGAUGUUAGUUUGUUUAAUCAAUCUUUAGAUAAUAUCAACAAAAAACGUAAGAGAUCAAAAAAAAAUAAGAAUAAAACAACAGAAUCAGGAGCUAACGCCCACAAUAAUCCUUCUAUUGAUAAAUGGUUACCAAGACAUGAAAAACCGGGAUUUAAAAACAAAAAAAAAAAAGUAAAAUCUAUUGAGCAUGAUAAGGAACCUGCACCCACUGAAGAAACCAAACCUCAACCUAUAAAUCCUACUCAGGCAAAAUUGCAAAACAUGAAACAAAGAAAGAAAAGGUGA